CUUACCUUGUUUAACCUUGAACUACCUACUGUUUUAACUACUGAUGCCUCAGACUAUGGACUGGGAGCUGUACUUACCCAAUACCACACUGACAACAUUGAAAAGAUGGAUGCAUUUGCUUCACGUACACUUACUGAAACGGAGCGCAAGUAUUCUACCUUCGAAAAAGAAGCACUUGCUUGCAUGUGGGCAGCUGAGAAAUGGAGAACUUAUCUUUGGGGAAGAAAGUUUACACUAUGCACGGACCACAGUCCAUUGACAACACUGCUCACAACAAAAGGACUGGGACGAGCGGGUUUGCGCAUCGCCAGAUGGUCAGCGAGACUACUGUCAUUUACUUAUGAUAUCGAGUACAAACCGGGAGCUGAAAACGUGACAGCUGAUUGCUUGUCUCGCAUGCCCUUACCCGCAACGGAUGUUUCGACACAGGAUGACGUAGAAGUAGUUGCACUUACUACAGGUACGCUUGCUGCAGUUACAGAGGAGCAGUUUAAAGCGGCUUGUUUUGCCUGUCCAAUACAAAUACAAACUGCGUGAGUGGUUGACUACCAGAUGGCCAAAGAAUGCCAAAUGUUUAGAUUCUGCUUUACUGCCAUACUUCAGAAUUCAAACUGAACUGUCUUUGCAAGCUGGAUGUGUGAUUCGCGGUACUCGCCGUCUUAUUGUUCCAGCUGAACUGCAACCUAAACUCAUUCACCUUGCGCACGAUACCCACCAGGGGACCAUCAGGACGAAACAAAGACUGCGUGACCUGUACUGGUGGCCCGGGAUGGAUGCUCAAGUCGAAGCAGCUAUCAAAUCCUGUGUUACUUGCCAGUUACAUGACAGGACAGCGGUGACACAUGUGCCACCAUUACAGCCAGUGCCCUUCCCUAAUUCAGCGUGGGAUAAACUGGCUAUCGACAUUGUAGGACCAUUUGAAGGUGCUCCACUGGACUGUCGUUUUGCCAUUACUUUGAUCGACUACUACAGCAAAUGGCCAGAUGUUGCUUUUACUUCACAAAUCACUUCUGCUACAGUGAUUACAUUCUUGUCUACUGCCUUCAGCAGAGAAGGAAACCCGAGGGAACUCGUAUCCGACAACGGAUCACAAUUCACUUCACUGGAAUUUGAAACUUUCCUACAAGAGAGAAAUAUCACACACAGAAAGUCUUCAGUUUACUAUCCUCGAGCAAACGGGGAGAUCGAACGCUUCAACAGAAGUCUGAAAGAGAGUCUUCACACAGCUAAGUUAGAAGGUAAAGCUUGGAAAACGUUCACUAUAGAGAUCGCCUGCUGAACUACUGCAUGGGAGAGAAAUGCAUACAAAGAUACAUAUUGCCGGUUUAGAAAUACAGAAGUCUAACGCACCGUCUUCGCUGGAUAUAGCAAAUACUGUCCAACAGAAACAGCAAAAAUAUAAAGAGUACACAGACAAAUGCAGAGGAGCCAAGGACAGAACCUUUGAAUGUGGAUCGUUUGUGAGAGUUAGAAAACCUGGAAUUCUGCAUAAAGGAGAUUCAAAGUUUACAGUGCCUCUCAAGAUCAUUGAGAAAAAGGGACCGUACACCUACAAACUGUCAGAUGGAUGAAUUUGGAAUGCUACCUACCUUUCACCUGCUUGUCAAGGGAGAAACAGAGACAUAGCAGAUCACCUACCUGUUACAGAUGCUUUUACCUUACCAUCGCCUGUGCGAGAGACGCCAGUUGAGAUUGCGCCUGGCAUACGUGCUGCCAGAAUCAGACACAAGCCUGCAUGGACUGAAGACUAUAUAAUGUGAAAAAAUACUUGAUUGAUAAUUACUUGUUUACUUAUUUACAAAUUACGUAAUGCUAACGUGAUAUAAUUUGGUUUGCUUCAUAUUUCUACUGUGAAACGAGUAAUGCUUUUAUUUUAAAAAAAAGGGGGGAAUAUGUGGUGUUCUACCUUAAAAGCGUAAAUAGAUGUCGCUGUGACUAGGCUUGUGCUGUAGUGAUGUAAGCAGGGGAUGUAGUGAAAAAGCAGGAAAAGAUAUACACAGUACAGAGUAAGAGCUGGUACUGCGAGUGUCAUCGACUUGUUGAAUAAAUCAGUUAUACUUUACCAACGUGGUGUGACGGUCUACAACAUAACAGACUGCCCGGAAAAAAACACUACCGCCCAGCUCACAGGACAACACGGGUCUCACACUGGAGCUGUCUGUCUAGUCGGGGGGUUGGGAAGAUGCAUCCGAGUCGGGCAGUGGUACAAGACGGGAACGCAAGCACAGUGGUACUGGGUUCGGGCAGCGGCAGGGGCAGCGUGUCAAGGCUGCUAGAACAGAGCAACGCAUUGCCAGCCAACAGCAGCCGAGACCCCGCGCGUCCAGAGUACCAUCACAACCAGCAGCAGCAGCACUAUCGUUACCACGGCUCCAGCCUCAUGAGAGAUCCCGGCCAGCGACAUCCAGAACCGGCGCAGCUGCUCCACAGGGCGCUGGAGUUCAAGAGCCAGGGGACCCAGGGAAACAGUGUAGCAGCCUACCAGGCCAUGAGCGACCUCAACGCCGCCAGCUACGACCUGGUCAAACAGGCCAUUCUCUGCCGCCUCAACAUAACGGCAGAGACCCACCGGAAAACCAACGUGCAAAUGGGGGAAGCAAUAGUGGUGGAGCAGUUCUGCCAUGUGGUCGGCGCCGAUACCCAGGCUUGGAUACGGCGCCACAACCCCGACACCCUGGAGGGCGCUGUGAAACUGUCCGAGGACUACGAGGACCCCCUAGUUUCUGCCCGGACCGGGAUACUGUCGGCUCCAGACCUCCGAGACAGAUGCUACUCCGCCUGUCUGCUGCAGAUGGAGCUGGUGAACUACGAGAGAGUGAAGGAGUACUGUCUGAAGGUGCUCAGGAAGGAAGGGGAGAACUUCAAGGCUCUGUACCGCUCCGGAGUGGCCUACUACCACCUGGGGGACUACCACAAGGCCCUGCACUACCUCAAUGAAGCCCGGAAACAGCAGCCCACAGAUACCAAUGUUAUCCGCUACAUCCAGCUGACGGAAAUGAAACUCUGUCGGGCGAACUGUAUUGAUUCAAUGGAUUGGAGUUCUUCUCAUUUUUAA